AUGGCCUACCUCGCUUUUACCCUGACCUUGCUCGCAGGUACCUUUGGUAAAUCAUGGAACUUGAUAUUUAUAGCAGCUAGCUGCAUCUCAGCCAACAACCUUGGCACUAGAGUGCCUAUCAGUGACCGCCCCAGUUUGGCUCAAGUUGAAGUCGCCCUGGGCACCGUUUGGAUCCAGCAGUGUGCUGGUGCCGUACUCACCAACUUCCAUAUCCUGUCUGUUGCCACUUGUUUCUCUGGAGCCUUCUACCGGCCCGAUACUCGUCGUAUUCGCCUCGGUUCUGACAUACGUAAUGAAGGCGGCUUGAUCGUGAAUGUGUUACUUGCCAAUAACCAUCACUCAUUCGAUCCUACGAAUAUGGCCAGCGACAUUUCCGUAGUCCGUCUUAGUUCAGCAGUCACCCUUGGUGGUAAUAUACAACAAGCCUCAGUCAUCCUUCAAGGAGUAUAUGUGCCCCCUCGCUUAAGCGUCGAGCUCAUCGGUUGGGGAAACACUCCGCAAGGAGGUGCAGUUACCGACGAUAACCUAUACGGUCUGAGCCUCACCACAGUAGACCGAUACACCUGUAGGAGCAAAUACGAAGACAGGGAAGUUACCAAUACAAUGCUUUGCUUUGGCUUACCCAGGGAGGGCGGUCGUGACUUUUUUACCCGUGACGUUGGUGCUCCCGUUUUCUAUCAGAACGCUUUGAUCAGUCUAAUAUCCUUCGGGGAAUCUGAUGCUAAUAACGAGUACCCUCUAGUCGGUACCGGCAUCAGCGAUUACACGAACUGGAUUAUCGAAAACGCUGCUUCAUAA